CAUCAUUUUGCUUUUACAGUAAACUUCUAGAAAAGCUUCAAUGGGUUUUUUUUUUUUUUUUUUUUUGCUUUUUGAAGCACAACUUAUUGUACGGUUGUCAUAACAAAUUUUACCUCAAAAAUGCGCAGUUUCUGGAAGAACCUUUUUUUUUUUUCUUAACCUCGUGUAGAUUUAAGUUUUGGCGCUUUCGGUGAUUUGAAUUUUGAAUUAGGAUUUUUUUUUGUCUUUUUUCCUCUUUGUUAAUACAUACUCAUUCCGUCUCAAUUGAUGUGAGGCAGUUUGACUCAACAUGUAAUUUAAGAAAAAAAGACAUUUGAAAUUGUGAUCUAAAUAAAUCAUAUAGAUUUGUGUGACUAUAAAUUAUUUCAUUUAGGAUAAAAUGGACACUUCAAAACUAAUAUGUUAUUAAAGGUAGAAAUGUCUAAUUUUUUUUUUUUUGGACCGACAAAAAAGAAAAAGUGUCAUAUAAAUUGGGCCGAGGGAGUAGUAGUUAAUUUACAAAUUAAGUUCUCAGCUUGUCCCUCAACUAAUUCCCCCCUCGAAGAGGGAGCUUGCUUGGAUGGUAAGCACUCCUUACUUCCAACCCUAACGUUAUGAAUUCGAGUCACUAAGGGAGAAAAAAGGGUGGAAGCUCGUAGAGAGGGUAAAAAGAAAGAUUGCGAAAAUAACUCUAUCUUUUCAAUUUAUUGUCUCGCUUUUGACUUGCCUCUGAAAUUUAAGAAAAUAAAAGAACUUUUGAAUCUUGUGGUUUUAUAUUAAAAUAUAUGUAAAUGUACUAAAAUGAUCUUUCAUCUUGUGGCCGUAAUCAUGCCACAUGUAAAGUUAGAACUAAAUUUAUUCGCUCUAUAAGUAGUAAAUAAUGGAAUGCUCACAUUGUAUGAGAAGUAACAUCUAUAUGUGGUUAGGAGAAACCGAGAAAGGCAUAACAGUUAAAACUAUUAGCAAAUUUAGAAAGCGUAGCCGAGGGGAACAUUGAGCACAAGAUCAUAGAAAUUACAACGAAGGACAAUGCAAAUGUUAUUUGCAGCCUACCAGGACUACCCAAGAAAACACUUCAGGACUUGUGCAGGAAACACAGGUUAUCUCCUUAUAAGACAAAACCCAAUCUUGUGAGUUCUUUGGUCACUUACACCAAGGGAGCAGAUGAGCUUUUAUUUAAAGAGAUGAAGACAAAGGACAGUAUAAAUUCCAUAAGCAGGCUAUCUAAGAAAGAGCUUCAAGAUUUGUGCAGGAAACACGGGUUAUCUCCUUAUAAGACAAAACCCAAUCUUCUGAGUUCUUUGGUCACUUACUUCAAUGGAGCAGAUGAGCUUUUAUUUAAAGAGAUGAAGACACAGGACAGUGUAGAUUCCAUAAGCAGGCUAUCUAAGAAAGAGCUUCAAGAUUUAUGCAGGAAACACGGAUUAUCUCCUUAUAAGACAAAACCCAAUCUUCUGAGUUCUUUGGUCACUUACAUCAAGGGAGCAGAUGAGCUUUUAUUUAAAGAGAUGAAGACACAGGACAGUGUAGAUUCCAUAAGCAGGCUAUCUAAGAAAGAGCUUCAAGAUUUAUGCAGGAAACACGGGUUAUCUCCUUAUAAGACAAAACCCAAUCUUCUGAGUUCUUUGGUCACUUACAUCAAGGGAACAGAUGAGCUUUUACUUAAAGAGAUGAAGACAAAGGACAGUGUAAAUUCCUUAAGCAGGCUAUCUAAGAAAGAGCUUCAAAAUCUGUGCAGGAAACACGGUUUAUCUCCUUAUAAGACAAAGCCUAAUCUUGUAAAUACUUUGAUCACAUAUGUCAAGUUGGUCUUGCUGCAGGGAGCAGAGAGUUUUUCCAUCAAAGAGAUGAAGACAAAUGGCAGUGGAAAUUCCAUUUACAGCCUACCCAAGAAAAAGCUUCAAGAAUUAUGCAAGAAGUACGGUUUGUCUCCUUAUAAGACAAAACCCAUUCUCGUGGAUUCCCUGAUCAAUUACUUCAAGAAAGCAGAUAUAGAAACUUCUGAAGGCAAUGAGUACAAGAUUCUAGAUUCUUCUGGCAUAAGGAGCACAAGCAAAGAGAUAUUGUUCUCAAGAUUCAUCCUGCAGUGUGAUGAGAAGGGUUUCGAACGAGGAUUUCACAGUCCACGAAUAAGUUUUUCCAAGAAUGCAUUUACUUCUGACAUGAAGUCGAUGCGCGUACCUUCUUUUGAGUUUUCUGUCUUAUCGGAAGAUGGAAUCAACCUUAUUGUUGACUUAAAUUCAUGCCCAUCAGACUCUUUUAAGAGAUUGGAAAAGAAGGCGUGUGUAUGUCACAAUCUGCAGAAUCACAAACUUCAAAGUUUUUGCCAGGAGAUUCAAUACCUAGGGAAUAACAGAAAAUUGACAAGUUCAUUUCUCUGGAAAACGAAUUCAGACAGUGGAUUUAACAGUGGCCACGCGCAAACUGUUUCUUCUGCAAGUUUACGUGGUACUGCUGAUGUUGUAUGUCAUACAGAAAAUACGGAUGAUGCAUCUCUGGGAUUUUCAGCAACGACAAAAUCAUGUGAUGGUUCUGUAGAAACUUAUACACGUUCAGAAAGAAAAAAGGAAAGUCCAUCGUCAUUUAGAACCAUUUGUGGUGUACAGAACAUGAAUAUCACUGAUGUAAAUACUUUUAUGGGAGAGGAAGAGAUAACAUGUGUCGGUCUGAAUACCUUGCGAGCUUCAGAAAAAACAGAGGUUAUUAAUAGGACUGUCAAUGUUGAGGCUUAUAACCCAGAAAACUCUAAAGAGGUCUUAAAUGAUAGGCUAUGUAAAUCUUUGCAUGCAUCAUUGGAGAAAGUAGCUAUCAGUUCCCCUGCAGAUGUGCCAGAGCUAAAACAUAAUAAAAAUGAAAAUCAGAAUAGGAGGCUCUGUGAUGUUAGUUGUCUCGAUUCUGAAAGGCAGGGUCAGAGAAGUUGUGUCCCGGAAAAGCUUAUAGUGCUAUCUCAUCUCUCUACGAAAACUGAUUUUAUAGAGUUAGAUGCUUCAGAAAUCGGCAGUCAUCAUCAACAUUCAUUAUAUUCUUCUUCUGGAAAAGAUUGCUUUAGAAAUUUGGUUGAUGCUGCAGAGAGCCUCAGAAGUAUACGCCAUUGUUCGGAGGAUAGCUGUAGCAUUUUCCCAGAUGACACACCAUCUGCUGCUCUCGAGGACAAUCUUAAACAAGUUAACGUCACGAUGUCUUCCUUUUUACAGGCAAGGGACAGCCAUGCCAACAGAACAGAAGCUUCAAAAGAGCUAUUGAAGAAGCAGAAGGAGCAAUUAUCCCAUGGAGGGAAGAAGAGAAAAAGGCAUGACGGUAAAUCCGAUAAUGUUCAUCAUUGUAAUGAUGGGAGAAUUUUGAGAAGUGCAAAGCGUCUUCCCAGAAGAUCUAUUCGGCUUGUCUCUAAGCAACUGACAGCAUGGAAUUCCUAAGGGUUAGAGAUCUGCCUAUGUGGUUCCUCUAUUCUGUGCACAAUAUACCCAAUGUAAUCCACAAGUGGGGUUUGGGGAGGAUAGGAUAUGCAGAGACUUACCUCUGCUCUGUAUUCAAGAGAUUAAUUUAUUUGAGGUCUGUACAAGUUUUUUAACGUCAUCUAGUUUUCAUUCAGCCAGAGUAACAAUUCUUUUUCCUAAAUUUUCUCUGUUGUUAUGCCUUAUUGUUUAAAACUUUGCACCUCUUUGCUGUUUGUUCUAAACCAGUUUGUCUCUCUCGGUCGGAUCUCUGCGUCUUUAAAUCAAGAGGGGAAUGAACACCUCCAAUUUUCCCGAA